AUGUCUGCCCUCAACAACAAUCUCGCAGAGCGAACGCGAAUCGUCGACUCACAAGAUCUUCUCACUCACGUUUGUUUUAUGUCAGCAGGACUUAUCGUGAGCAACGUGUGGAGUUUGUGUCGCGACUUGAAAGACAUGGCAGCGGAUGAUGACUAUCUAAAAGCGAAAAGCUUGAUCGACCCCGCAUUUCUCUUCGUCGGCAUCAGCUCCAAUGCGGUAACAAGGAAGCGAGGAACAAGUGCGAAAUCUGCGCGAGAAGAUUCUAUAGACGCGACAGAUAUAAGGAGCACUUGCAAACACAUUUCUGCUAACUCGUCUUUCAAAUCCGGUGCUCUCAUGGACGAGCUUAGCGGGUUGGAGUUAAACACCGCUGACUUACAAUUAGACAUGGCACGUGUACCUCUACCUUUGUUAAGUCGCGGCCAGGCAACGCCAACGCACGAGCAGCGUUACAUGUGCGGCGAGUGCGGCAAAGGAUACAAAUGGAUGGACAAUCUGCGGCGACAUCAGAGGCUGGAGUGCGGCAAGCAGCCCAAAUACAAUUGCAAGUUCUGCAUGAAAAACUUUUACCGUCGAUACGAACUGACCAAUCACAUGAACAUGAAGCAUAAUCUGUAACCGAUGCCCCCGUGAUAAAUGUUCGCACCUUAAAAAAAAAUAUAUAUACUGUUUUCCUCUUACAUUUACGAUUACACAGAGACUGAACCGAUGAUCAGUGAGUGGAAAUCAUUGAUCAACGCCACGCGGUGUUUCCAUCGGCUCUGAGAUUAGACUGAUAAUAUAGAUUAAAAUAAUAAUAUAAAUAAUUAACUAGAAAUUAAAAUAAAUAAUUAAAUUAAUAUAGAUAAUUAUAUCACUAUUAUAUUAAUUUACACAUUUGUGAAUUUUAAAAUUAUAUCUGUAAAAUCAUAUCUGAGUUUAAUAGUAAUAAUAAAAAUUUACAAAUACAUAUUUUUUUAACAUACUGAGUGCCACGCUAGACUUGAGUGACCAAAAGUCUGAAUUCUCACGCACGGUCAUAUGCAGAGUCAAGUUACUUAAAAAAUUGUCAAUCGCGCGUGAGUUGUACUCAAUUAAAAAAGUAAAAUAUUUAGAUUAUUUCCUUAAUUAAAACCAUUACCUUAAGUAGGUGGUGAAACUCUUGAGGAAUCCAAAUAUGAAUAACAUGGUACUCAACAAUUGAUCCCGAGCUGCAGCUAGUAUCAUUUGAAAAAGAAGUUCUAAUUUAGCCGAAAAAUUUUCAUGUAUUUUCUAAAAGGAUGAAUAAAGAAAUCAAUAUAAGGUUUUGACUAUACUAUUUAUCAUUGUUUUAAGUAUAAGAAAAUUAGUUAGAAAAAAAAUUGUAAAUUCUAUACAGAUUUUUGUACUAAGCGCGGUAUAGCCGUAUGCCUCCAACUGGUAAACAAUAUUAUAGCGCGUGUAAUAAUCUGGAAUAAAUGGGACCAGAAAAUUUAAUACACUUUUUAAAUUUUCUGUCUCAUUUAUUUCAGAUUAUACGAGUUGUAAUGUAGUCUACCAGUUAGAAGCAGCCGACGAUAUCGCACAAAAAAGCUGGAAGACGAACUUUCAAUUUUUUAAUAAAUAAUAAUAAUAAUAAUAAUAAAAUAAUAAUAAUAAUCUUUUUAUACUUAGAAAGCAAUAUAGCCAAAACUCCAUAUUGAUAUCUUUAUCCAUUUCUUUGGAAAAAUUCAUAAAUACGUCCUAUAUUUUCGGCUAUUUUUUCUAAAUUAGAAUCUUUUAAUCAAACAAUGACUUGCAUCUGUUUGGACGAUGUUAGUAGCAGUACAAGAUCAAUUAGCGUAUUUCUUAUAAAUUUAAAAUAUUUUUUUCAAUUAUUAUUUUAUGUUAUCCUAAAAUGGUCAAAUUAAGAUAUAUAUAAAAGUGAUAUAAUUAAUUAUAAUAAUUUUAAAAUUAUUAUUAACAAUUUUUAUUUAAUUUUGAAGGUACAUCAGGUUUUCCAUUCUGGCCGUGAUUACUCUGACUUGUUUAUUUUGAUGUUAAUCUUAUAAUAUGAUAACAUUGUUAUACAACGGCUUUAUUGUACGCACACUAUAUAGAAAUAAAGUGAUCUAUGAAUAGAACAUAAUGUAAAUGCGUGGAAAAUACAUUCUGAGGUGAAUGUUACCUAUUUCUAUAUUGUGUUUACUUUGUUCCCAGGAAGAUGUUACCCAUUUCUAUUUUGCGUUUAUUUUGUUCAUUCUUUAUAUUAUAGCGAAUAAAACCCACACUCACCAUUGUCAUGCAACAUUACAAUAUUUUAGAUUGUCGAAUUUAUAAAUACAAGAUGCAAAUAGAUAUUUAGGUAUAAUAAUCAUUCUUUCCUCUCCUGAAUUCACCGAUAAAAAUAAUCGAAUUGGUCUGCAAUAAUAACUGAACGCCUACUGAAUUUAUUGUACUUUGCAAGUCUUUACUCUUAAGUACUCCAUGCAAAUUCAUUUAUUAGCAGUCUCAUGUUUAUGUUUCUACCAACAAAAUCAUUAUAUUUCUCCAAUUUAUUGACAAUAAUGCAUUUAUGGGCGCUCCCUCCUCUCUCUCUCUUUCUCUGUCUGUCUCUCUUUCUCUCUCCUCUCUCUCCUUCUUUUUCUUUCUUUCUUUCUAUAUAUACACACAUAUACAUAUAUAUGUAUAUGUAUAUAAAUAUAUGUGUAUAUGUGUGUAUGUGUGCAUAUGCAUGUGGUUAUAUCUUUCGCCCAAAAUUUGUCCCGUUCUUCGUCUUUACGAUGCGUAAAUUGUCUGAGUGCAUUUAACGAAUGUUCCCCA